AUGGCCACCCUUGAAGCUCUCAAGCAGGCGCUCAGGCAAAAGGCCACGUCCCCGACCAAGCCAUUGACCGACGAACAGUACAGCGCUGGCUUUGACAUUCUCCUUCAGGGGCCCGGAUGGACGAGCUACCAAGACUUUGUUGUCCCUCAGCUGACGCGAGUGCUGACCCCUCUUUGCAGCUCGCGGGUCUGCAUCUCGGUGCUGGAAGUAGGACCUGGUCCAAAGAGCGUGCUCGGGCACCUGCCUGACGAGUUGAGACAUAAGAUCACGACCUACGCUGCACUUGAGCCCAACGUUCUGUUUGCUGCAAAGCUGGAACAAUGGCUGUGCCCCAGCUCCGAGACGGAAUCCCCGCUGCCCUGCCUACAGAGCCCGCCGGAUAUCCAUCGAAAGCCGUUUGAUUUGGACAGCCGUGAAGGGAUGGACUCGAGCAUCACAAAGCGAUUCGACGUCGUCCUCUUUUGCCACAGCAUGUACGGCAUGAGCAGGAAGCGCAAGGUAAUCGAGCGAGCGCUGGACAUGCUUGUUGUGCAACCCGAGGGCGGGGUCGUGGUGGUUUUUCAUCGAGACGGGACUCUGGGCUUCGAUGGCUUAGUGUGCCAUCAAACGGCUCCGUUCCCUACUGGCAGCGUUGGCGUGGCAGAUGACGACAAGGUGCUUGACCGUUUCGCUUCUUUUAUUGCGGGUUUUGUCAUGCAAGAUCAAGUUGCGGACGAGGCUAUUCGCGCCGAGUGGCGUAAGGUGUGCCGUGCCAUGGGUCGUCGUGAGGAAGCACGCCCAGGUCAUCUCUUGUUCAGCGCGCCCGACGUCAUGAUGGCUUUCACACAUCACGCGACAAUGCUUCAUGAGCUGGAGCAACAGGUGCCUUUGGCCAAAGGGGACAAGAAGAUCAAGAAUUGGGAGGCUCGUCUCCACCGUCCCGCGGCGGUUGUCAGACCGACGGGGAUUCCACACGUCCAGCAGUGCGUUCGGUGGGCUCUGAAGCACCGAGUUGGACUGACUGUCGUUGGAGGGGGCCACAGCGGACACUGUCUCUGGUCUCAUGUUGUUGCAGUCGACAUGGAAGCUUUUGAUCAGGUGCAUAUUCUCCCUGCUGAGGUAGAUGGGGAAAAUUGUCACUCCAGUGCCCUUGCCUUCGUCGUCGCCGAAGCAGGCUGCAAGUCGGGUGAUGUUAUCCGCAAGGCCACGGCUGUGGGCUUGACUGUGCCUCUUGGUUCCCGUCCCAGCGUGGGCGCCGGGCUGUGGCUGCAAGGGGGCCUCGGGCAUCUCGCUCGACUGUACGGGCUUUCUUGCGACGCCAUUGUCGGUGCCGUGGUGGCGGCAGUUGACUCUGCGCAAAUCCUCUGUCUCGGUUUUGUGCCGGAUCAACACUGGCCAACCUGUGCUGUGCGCCCUGAGAACGAUGCCGAGAUGUUGUGGGCCGUCAAGGGGGCCGGGACCAAUGUCGGCAUCAUCAUCAGCGUCGUUUUCGAAGCAUACGAGGCCCCGACAUACUGCGUUCGGAACUGGAUUGCUCCACUGAGCGACGGCCUUGCAGCACGGCGCAGGCUUGACGAAUUCGACAAUCUCGUCGCCAGUAAGCUCCCCCGGACUUCAUCUGCAGACGCGUACCUGUAUUAUGACGCUGGCCGCUUGCAUCUCGGCAUGACCAUGAUCGAAACUCGCACCGGGCUGGCCCCAAAUGUGUCCAUGGCGGCCACGCUCGCCGAGGCAACUCUCGGGCCAGCGUGCAGCUCCAGAGUCGUAGAUGCCGUUGGUCUGUUCGACGCUGAGCUGUACGUAUCCGUGCUGCAUGGCGGCCACGGCGGCGGCAAGACAUCGUCGUUCAAAAGGUGUCUCUUCCUGAAGCACAUCGGGUCCGCAGACGUGGCCGAGGUGUUGGUGAGAGCGGUGGAGUCGCGUCCCACGGCACUCUGCUAUCUCCAUCUGCUGCAGGGCGGCGGAGCGAUUGCCGACGUGGCCCCCGAGGCCGCGGCUUUCGGCUGUCGCGACUGGGACUUUGCCUGCGUCGUCACCGGCGUCUGGCCCCGCGACCGAGACGGAACCGACGACGCUCGAGCUGCCGUGCGGUGGGUGUACGACGUCGCCCGGGAUCUGCUGCCCCUGAGCAGCGGAGCCUACGGCGCGGACCUCGGACCGGACCCCCGAGACGCAGCCCUGGCGACCAGGGCUUUUGGACCGAACCGGCCGCGCUUGGCCCGUCUUAAACGCGGCACAGACCCAUGCGGCUUGCUGGCGUAUGGCUGUCCGCUGCCGCAGGCGCCGAUGGAUCCCAAGCUGAUCAUCCUUGUCACGGGCGACAGCGGCGCCGGCAAGGACUACUGCGCCGACGUCUGGGCUUCCGUACUCAACAACAGCGCCCCUGUGACCGUGAGGGCGCGGGUCGUCAGUAUCAGCGCCGCGACCAAGCGAGAAUAUGCGGCGGCCACGGGCGCUGACUUGAAAGCCCUGCUGCAGGACCGGGCCUACAAGGAGCAACACCGGCCAGCGUUGACGGCCUUCUUCCAGAGUCAAGUGCGGCGACGGCCUCGGCUGCCGGAGGAGCAUUUCCUGGGCGUGGUGCACGGCGCCGCGGACACGGACGUGCUGCUGAUCACCGGCAUGAGAGACGAGGCCCCGGUGGCGGCCCUAUCGCACCUGGUGCCGGAUAGCAGAGUGGUCGAGAUUCGUGUCAAUGCCAGCGACGAGAUCCUACGGGUCCGUCGGGGGCGCCAAAGCGAUGCUGGAGACCGAGGCCGGGACAAUGUUUGUGGCACGCCAAACUCGGCAAUCCUUGACUGGUGUCCAAGCUUUAGCUUCAACAACGACAGGGACGGGACCGAGGUGGCAGAGCAGUUUGCUCAACGGUGCCUUGUCCCCUUCCUCCACAAAGACCUGCAACGACUGGCCAGCAUGGUCCGCUCAGUGCCCGACUUUCCACGUCCGGGCAUCGAGUUCCGCCAUGUCCUCGGCAUCUGCCGGCAGCCAGGAGGGUUGGCUCUGUGCACGAAGCUGUUGCAGAGCCAGUUUGGAGAUGGCUGGACCAAAACUGAUGCGGUGGUUUGUUGCGAGGCCGGAGGCUUUGUCUUUGCGUCGCCGCUUGCUGAACGGGUCGGUGUGCCCUUGGUGUUGGUUCGAGAGGCCGGCAAGCUCCCGCCGCCCACCGUCUCCGUCGUCAAGCCGACGUCGCAUGUUUCGCGGCCUGAGUCCGGCGUAUCCAGAGAGAAGAGGAUCGAGAUGGAGCGGGAUGCCGUCCCAAGAGGCGCGUCAGUGGUGGUAGUGGACGAUGUUCUGGCCACGGGGGAGACGCUCUGCGCCGUCUUGCAGCUGCUGGGCGAGGCUGGCGUCGGUGUUGAGCAGAUAGGCGUCUUGGUUGUAGGAGAGUUUCCUGUCCAUCGUGGCCGGCAGCUGCUGCGUCGUCGUGGCUUUGGAAGAGUCAAUGUCCGGAGCCUCGUCGUCUUUGGAGGUGUUUGA